CCAAGGACUGGUAAACAACUGGAUCUUCGAGAAAUUCCAAGGCAAAUUUGGCUUGUGCUUACUUUAAUUAGUAUCUGGCAAUACUUUUGCUGUCAAUAUGACAAAUAAAUAUAUCUGUACAUAUAAGAAACUAAAAAGUUCGUGGUUUAUUACGAAAUUUGUAUAAAUCUUCGGUUAAUAAGUGAAUAGUAAUUAUGCUCCAGUCCUUCAGAUCUGCUGUCCAAUCAGCAUUAAUUAUAUUCCAGAUCACAACUACUAUACCAGGGUAGGUAUCCAAUUUCUAAAAUGUAUUAUCGUCUGGUGUCAAAUAUCUCCAAACAACCGUCUAAUGAGAGUUCAAACGAACCAAUAAAGUUCUUUGGGAGCAAAGCUGCAACCUGGCGUGCACGUGAUACGAGAAGUGGCGGUUCUGAGGACACGUUAUGGUUUCAACCUUAUGUCAUUUCUGGAAGUUUGGCUGUAUUUUUACUAUAUUUCUGCGUACUUCGGGAGGAAAAUGAUAUAGACAAACGACUAGAAGGUAACCUGUUUGAUCAAGUUGCGGGUCUGGAAGAAGUACAACUUACCGUAAAUUACAAAUAUAACAGAGAGAAUGGUUUGGACACUUCGGAAAUUGAAAAACGCUUAUUAGAACUAGGAGUCGACAUAAAGCUUUUAGAAUGAUAGUUGAAUACAACGAUAAUAGCGUACAGAAACUAAGACUAAAUUAAUAAAUGAUGUAUGUUUUCAAAGUCCCUCAUGGUAUUUUAUAGAGCAAAUCCAUUUUAAUGUAGUUUUUCAAAAUAUCGAUUAAGAUAAUGAAAAGAAAUAAUUUAAUUGCCUAUGCAAGAUUAACAUUAUGCUAAUUUGAAAAUAAAACGAUUGUUGUGUUGAAAAUGCCAAA